AUGGAGGAGGAGCGUCUGUGGAAGUUCCGAAGGCCCGAGUGGCUCAACAGUGUCUGGGCCCGAAACGCGGGCAUCUACGGCGCCGGAGCUCUCUUCUCCCUCGCAUUCUACGUCAUGCUCGACUCAGCUGUAUGGUCCAAAUCCUCCCGCAACGGCUCCAACGUCCACGUAAAAUUCGUCGACUGGCUCCCGCUCGUCUUCUCCAGUCUCGGCAUGUUGAUCAUCAACUCUGUCGAGAAGACGCGCCUCAGCGCCGACUCUUUCAGCUAUAGCGGAUCUGGGGUCGCGUGGAAGGCCCGGGUGGUGCUUUUCCUGGGCUUUGCCGCCCUUGCAGGCGGCAUGGCUGGUGGCGUGACGGUGUUUGUGCUCAAGUUUGCCGUGCCCGGUGUUUCCAUGCCUGCGUUGGGAAUGGGUAUCGAGAACCUGGUCAGCAAUGCGCUCGUUGGAUGCAGUUCCGUUGUUCUCUGGGUCAGCCAGAACAUGGAGGAUGAAUAUUCUUAUAAUCUGUCGAUAUAG